AUGUCUGAUUCUUCAUUAUAUUUGUCUACGAAAGGAAUUGCAUCAAAAACUGAUCAACGUAUACAUAAUCUUUUCUAUCGUAAAUCAAAACUUGAAAGUGUUAAUGAAACAUCAGCAUUAUUAAGUGGAUUUGCUAUUGUGGCAAUCGUUGAAUUAUCAUUAGAUUCCUACAAAGAUCAUAGCUCAAAUGAUGGUUUAAUAGUAUGUUAUGCAAUAAUAUCAUGUCUAUUAGUCGGAAUUCAUUUACUCGCCUUAUUGAUGUCGAUGUGUAUAUUGCCGGAAUUAAAAUGUGUUAUUCGUCAAAAUGAUGUUUGGAUACAUAAUCAAAACACGAGACCACUAUCAUCGCUAAAUAUUUAUAUUGAAAUUGCAUGGGUUGCUUCGACAGGUCUUGGACUAUUUCUGUUUCUUAUUGAGCUCGGUAUAAUAAUAUGGAUAAAAAUGAGUGGAUUUUCACGUUUAGCAGCUACAUCUGCACUUGUUACACUUUGUCUUGUCGGUUGUCCAUUCAUUUUAUUUGCCGUUGGUUUUUAUAUUCAUGUAACGAAAGCAAAAGUUUAUCUACAUCAAAUAGACCUAGAAAAGGUUGAACGUGGUGCUAUCGCUCAUGGACUGUUUUUAAAUAAUCCUACUGUUAUAUCACCAGCAUCGGUUGAAUUUCAUAUAGAUGACGAUCGUUGA